AGUCAUAUGAUCCGUUCGGCUUCCUGGCUUCGGCCGCCGCCGCUGCCAGCCCGUGCCCGCCAGCGUCGCGCCGGGGUCCCGAGGAGCCGUUUGGGGGGUCCGGGCCGAGGCCCACUUGUGUGGAGGUCGUCGCCGCGGCUGCUUGCCCGCUCGCCUGUCCGUCCUCCCUCCCGGCCGCCAUCAUGCUGGCUCUCAUCUCCCGCCUGCUGGACUGGUUCCGCUCGCUCUUCUGGAAGGAGGAGAUGGAGCUGACGCUCGUAGGGCUGCAGUACUCGGGCAAGACCACCUUCGUCAAUGUCAUCGCGUCAGGUCAAUUCAGUGAAGAUAUGAUACCUACAGUGGGCUUCAACAUGAGGAAAGUAACUAAAGGUAACGUCACAAUAAAGAUUUGGGACAUAGGAGGACAGCCCCGCUUCCGGAGCAUGUGGGAACGGUACUGCAGAGGGGUCAACGCUAUUGUUUACAUGAUAGAUGCUGCAGAUCGUGAAAAGAUAGAAGCCUCUCGAAAUGAACUACAUAAUCUUCUAGAUAAGCCACAGUUACAAGGAAUUCCAGUGCUAGUACUCGGAAACAAGAGAGAUCUUCCUAAUGCCUUGGAUGAGAAACAGCUAAUUGAAAAAAUGAAUCUGUCUGCUAUUCAGGAUAGAGAAAUUUGCUGCUAUUCAAUUUCUUGCAAAGAAAAGGAUAAUAUAGAUAUCACACUUCAGUGGCUUAUUCAACAUUCAAAAUCUAGAAGAAGCUGAAGCAUCUCCUGAAGUCUUCCAGUCCUUCCUGGCUAUAAUCUUAGAAUUAUUGUCCGUUCCUCUGAAGUACUUCCCAGAAUAUGGUCCUUCCUAAACCCAAGAAAUUGCCUUUUUCAGAGUUUAUUUCUCAUGUGCACUGCUGAAGAUGUGUAUCCUUAAUCCUUCAUAAAGAAUCAGCUAGAGUUGUCAUGAUAAAGUCAGCACACAAAAAGCCUUCUUAUACAUACUUGUCUUAAACAGUGUGUAGAGCUUUUUUUAAAAAAACACACUUUUGACCAUCUUAAAUCAAGAAAAAUUGCAUAUUUCUGUUCUGGUCUUUCUGGGCCAGGUUUUUAUAUUGGUUUUCAGUAAAUGUCUGUCUCUGAUAUUUUAUUAUAGAGUCCAGUAGCUUAAUACUGAUACUGACUUGAUACAGCAUGAAGUUUCUAGUGCCACACACAGUAUUUAGAAAACCUUUAGCCUGACUCAUGUGGGAUAGAAACAAAAUGUUUAUGUAUCACAAAUGCAUGUGAAACGUAUAAUUACACCUUAGGAAUUUAAAAAAUGGUCUGCAAAGAGUGAACAGAGGCACCAGAUCAAUGUUGUUAUUGGCUCUUUACACUGGCAAGAUCUUGGGUGAUGAAUUUUAAACACAUUCUGCUUUCUGAGAGUUCUUCUCCAGAUAGCAGUUGGGGGUACGGGAGGAACUGAGGCAUGCUGUUUUGUAUCUGUCCAGAUCAUUACUUCUAUAUUUUUUCUUUUCUUUUCCCUGGUUCAACACACUUUUUUAAGGGGUUGGGAAUUGAAGAUUUUCUCAAAAGCUUUCAUGAAUUUAGAGCAUUCCAGCCAAUAUAAUAAAACGUGUUAAGAAUGUCA